AUGGCCCCAAUACCAGCCGCCUCCUCAUGCUUGCAACGCUGCCGGUGUUUCAUUGGUCUCCUCUCCUCACUGCUGGUGGGUUCCAUUUUGUCAUAGGGUGCUGGCAGAUUUACGGCCUCCCAUUGCUGCUGCCAGGCCCGUAAUCUGCCAUGGGCCCCCGUACCGACUCCUCAUGCUGCUGCCAGGAUACCCGUAAUCUGUCAUGGGCCCCUGUACCACCGCCUCCUCAUGCUGCUGCCAGGUCCAGAGUGUGUCAUGGGUCCCUGUACGGCCUCCCAUUGCUGCUGUCUCCAUCGCCACACUCUGCCAUGUGCCACUUUCAGGUCUCCUCACACUGCUGGUGGGUUCCAUUUUGUCAUAGGGUGCUGUAAUGGCCUCCCAUUGCUGCUGCCAGGCCCGGAAUCUGCCAUGGGCCCCCGUAUUACCGACUCCUCAUGCUGCUGCCAGGCCCGUAAUCUGUCAUAGGCCCCUGUACCACCUCCUCAUGCUGCUGCCAGGCCCAGAGUGUGUCAUGGGUCCCUGUACGGCCUCCCAUUGCUGCUGUCUCCCAUCGCCACACUCUGCCAUGUGCCACUUUCAGGUCUCCUCACACUGCUGGUGGGUUUUCCAUUUUGUCAUAGGGUGC